UUUCAUUAGUCAAAUACUUAACAGUGGCGCGAGGUGCAUAAAAUACCCACAAAGAAUUAUUAUUAACUUACAAAAUGACUACGCUAAUAGGGAAUUUAAGUGUGUUUGAUCAUAAUUCACAGCAAUGGGAAAUAUUUUACGGACGGCUAGGGCAAUAUCUCAAGUUAAAUGCCGAUAUUAAGCCGGAAAAAAAGUGUGCUUUGUUAUUGACACAUCUAUCGGAUGACACAUACCGUCUGGCAAGAAACUUGGUGCAUCCUAAGGAGCUUGACAAUAUUUCUUAUGAAUCGCUGGUGGAAGUACUCAAUAAACAUUUUCAACCGAAGCGUUGUAAUUUUGCCGAUCGAGCAAAAUUUUACGACGCAGGCAGGGCGGCAGGCGAAAGUAUUGAGGAGUGGGCAGCACGCCUCAGAGGUCUCGCCGUUGAUUGCGAUUUCGGUACGACCUUGGAGACCUUGCUAAGGGACAGAUUUGUGCUCGGAAUGAGAGCGGGACCUGAACGAGACAGGCUUUUCGAGCAAGACGCGACCACGCUCACGUUCGCGCGAGCAGUGGAGAUUGCGCAGCAGGCAGCAUGUGCGAGACAAUCGCGUGAAAUUCUCGUUAAGCAGGAACCGGUGUUUCAUGUGCACGAUAGACGUAGUGGCGGCAGCGGCAGCGGCAAUGGUAACAGCGUCGGCGCUGGUGGUGCUUUAACGGAAAAACGUCGUUGUGAAGUUUGCGGUCUAAAAAGUCACAAUGAAACGCAGUGCAAAUAUAAAGGCUACCGUUGUCGUAAUUGUGGUCAAAAGGGCCAUUUAGUGAAAAUGUGCGGAAAAAAUAAAACAGUGCGCGUUCAUUGCUUAGCUGAAGGGGGAUCUUCGCCACCGACGGCGCCAGCUCUGCCGUCAGGCGCGGCAGCCGACGGUAACGACUGCGAGAAAUGUAAGGAAUGCGCGUUGUUUAAUCUUAGGUUCCCAAAUUAAUGGGGGAGAAUUGGUGUGUAUUUGUACGUG